AUGACGCGCAUCAUCUGGAAGAAAAUCCGCGAGGAGCUCAUCCUUCCUUAUCUCCAACUGGACAUCAAAUACUUUGACCUCGGUCUAGAGGCCCGCGACGCCACAAACGACCGGAUCAUGAUCGACUCCGCCAACGCGAUGCUCGAGCACAAGAUCGGCAUCAAAUACGCGACGAUCACGCCCGACGACGCGCGCGUGAAGGAGUUCAAGCUGAAGCAGAUGUGGCGGAGCCCGAACGUGACCAUCCGCAACACCGUCGGCGGCCCCGUCUUCCGCGAGCCGAUCAUCCUCGAGCGCAUCCCGCGGCCGAUACCGCGCUGGGUGAACCCCAUCGUGAUCGGGCGGCACGCGUUCGGCGACCAGUACCGCUCGACAGACCUCGUCGCCCCGGGCCCGGGGAAGCUGCAGCUCGUGUACACGCCCGCGGACGGCGCCGCGCCGACGACGCUCGACUUCGAGGCCACGGGCAUCUACUAUGAGCACCGCCUGAUUGAUGACAUGGUCGCGCAGGCGAUCAAGUCCUCCGGCGGGUUCGUCUGGGCGACGAAGAACUACGACGGCGACGUACAGUCGGACAUCCUCACGCAGGGCUUCGGCAGCCUCGGGAUGAUGACGAGCUCGCUCAUCACCCCCGAUGGACAGGUCAUCGAGAGCGAGGCCGCGCACGGCACGGUCACACGGCACUACCGCGAGUACCAGAAGGGCAACGAGACCUCCACGAACCCGGUCGCGUCCAUCUUCGCGUGGACGCGCAGGCUGCUCUACCGCGCGAAGCUCAACCCGAACCCCGCGCUCGCCGCGUUCGCGCGCGACCUCGAGGCGGCGUGCACCGAGACGACCGACGCGGACGGCGUCAUAACCAAGGACCUCGCGCUCGCGAUCCACGGCAAGGCGAUGCGCCGCGAGCACUGGGUCGUGACCGACGUGUACACGGAUGCCGUCAAGGGGAAGCUGGACCAGAAGCUCGCGGCGAGAGCGGAGAAGCCGUAG